CCGGUUGCGCAAUCCUGGACUUCUCUCAGUUGAGCUCUGAGACUCAGUCAGACAGUCCAAAGAAACUUUCAUUACAGCAGCAGGCGAAACUCGCCCUUCUUCUGUGAAGAUUGAGCUGAACCAAAUAUUGUUAUGUUUUUCACACUAUGUGUUGAACGCCCCCACAAUGCCAGGAACUAUUUAAGAACUGUGAUCUUUGGAAGAGCUUUAUCGGUUCCAGUGGAACCUCUAGGACUUACUGCCGUAUCGCUUUACGCAAACGCACAUUGAUACAAAUGCAGCAAUAAGAGAGAUUUCGGGGACCGGUGCAUCACAGACCGCACAUUGCUACAAUGCCCGUGCAAGCCCCGCAAUGGACCGAGUUUCUGUUGUGUCCCAUCUGCACGCAAACCUUCGAGGAGAGCCACCGCAAGCCCAUCAGCCUGGGCUGCGGACACACCGUGUGCAAAAUGUGCCUGAACAAACUGCACCGCAAGGCCUGCCCAUUCGAUCAGACUGCCAUCAGCACGGACAUCGAGCAGCUGCCCGUCAACACUGCGCUGUUGCAGCUCGUCAGCGGCCAGGUACCCAAACCUUCCCCCGUCAGUUUACUGACAGCGGCAGAGGACAUCCAGCACUAUGAGGAGUCCCGCACAUGUGUGGAAGACCUGGCGCUUUAUCUCAAACCCCUGAGCAACACCAGAGGUGCCGGCCUGAAUGGCGCCGCUCAGAGCGUGCUCAGCAGACCCAUGCAGCGGAAACUGGUGACUCUGGUGCACUGCCAGCUGGUGGAGGAGGAGGGCCGCAUCCGGGCCAUGCGGGCGGCCCGUUCUCUGGGUGAACGCACCGUCACUGAGCUCAUCCUCCAGCACCAGAAUCCCCAGCAGCUCUCCUCAAACCUGUGGGCCGCCGUCAGAGCCAGAGGCUGCCAGUUUCUCGGCCCUGCCAUGCAGGAGGAAGCACUGAAGCUGGUUCUUCUCGCUCUGGAAGAUGGUUCGGCCCUCUCACGGAAGGUUCUGGUUCUGUUUGUGGUUCAGAGACUCGAACCACGUUUUCCUCAGGCCUCAAAAACCAGCAUAGGACACGUGGUGCAGCUCCUCUACAGGGCCUCCUGCUUUAAGGUCACUAAACGUGAUGAGGAUUCCUCCCUGAUGCAGCUGAAGGAGGAGUUUCGCACAUACGAGGCUCUUCGGAGAGAACACGACUCUCAGAUCGUUCAGAUUGCGAUGGAGGGCGGACUGCGUAUCGCCCCUGACCAAUGGUCCUCUCUACUGUAUGGCGACCAGUCCCACAAGUCCCACAUGCAAUCUAUUAUAGACAAGCUGCAGACACCAGCAUCGUUUGCUCAGAGUGUUCAGGAACUCACUAUUGCCCUUCAGAGAACCGGAGAUCCAGCCAAUCUCAACCGCCUCAGACCCCAUCUGGAGCUCCUGGCCGACAUCGACCCUAGCCCAGAUGCCCCUGCGCCCACAUGGGAGCAGCUAGCCAAAGGAUUGGAAGCGGUGCGGACCGUCGUUCACGGCCUGGUGGAUUUCAUCCAGAACCAUAGCAAGAAGGGAGGUGAUCAGCAGCAGCCACCUCAGCACAGCAAAUACAAGACCUACAUGUGUCGGGACAUGAAACAAAAAGGCGGCUGUCCUCGUGGAGCAAGUUGCACCUUCGCUCACUCUCAGGAAGAGCUUGAAAAGUACCGUAAGAUGAAUAAACGUCUGGGAUUGCGCCGACAGCUCAGUCAGUCCCUGACCCAGCUGAACGAGAUAGACUUCGGCGCUGGGCUGUUAGCUGACGAGGGGCCGCUGAUGGAGGGCCUUCCACGCAAAUCCUCUUCCAUCAGCAAUGGCAUCCUAGCAGCAGGACCUGGAUCUUCUCUGGUCCACCUGGUUUCCAGAGGCUCGGACCCGUCUUAUGAACCAUCACACAAACCGGGGAAGAUGGACUCGGGGAGCCUCAGUGCCCCUGGCUCACCUCCAGACUCAUUGGAAUCCAUCCCAAAAUCUGGAAUGCUCAUGAAUUCCCACCAUAGGAUGGCAGGCGAAGGCUCAGUCGGGCAGAAGCACAUGUCUGCUGUGCCUAGAGGUUCUUACUCAUAUUCGCCACACCAGUCUGAACUGUAUUACCCUGAAACUAGAGCACCACCGCCACCAUCCGCCCAAUAUGAAUCCCCCCAAUACUCUGCAGGUAAUCCUUAUCCCCACCACCACCACCAACCACGCUACGCCCGUCAUCCCGCUCCAGAUCCAGGCAUGCCACCAUAUCUGGACACUUGUUCCAGCUCCUCCUACCCAAAGCAUCAGUUGGCCAACCCCAGCUCCCAUUACGGAUACCCUUCACAUCACGAUGGCCGUCGCCACUCAGCCUACGCCCAUCCCCAAACAUACGCCCCACGAGAGGAACUGGUCCGAAGGAGUCCAGACAUUCCCCCGCCACUACAGCCCCAAAGCACCGGUGGCUCGUACCCACCGGAAUCAGCUCAGGAAAGAUACGCCAGUGAGAACUAUAACCACUCCAGUCAGAUCAGGAAUUAUCACAGGAAUACCUACACGACUCGAGCACAGCCCUCCCUAGACUACCUGCACCGUCGCAGACAGGAGAUCAUGGCCCAGCUAGAGGACAGGAAGGUGGUUUCCCCGCUGCACUUCGGCUCCUCGCACUCAUACGACCCCAGCUACCCUCAGGACAUGAGGGGUCAGAGCCAUUACAUGGAGGAGAACCCCCACGGUUUUGGACACUUCCGGGAACAGGACUACACCGCCUCAUAUUCCCCUUGGUCAUGUGACACCUUCGGUUCCUACAUCGGCAGCAAGGAUAUGAAGUCCAAAGAGGGCAUGAACUCCAUGGAAACACAAAAAAUUCAGCGCAGAGCGGCAGACGUGAAAGAUGACGACCCUAUCAUUCCCUUUGGCUCCCUGCCGACCGUGUCUCGUUUUGGCGCCAUUUCACGCACGUCUAAAUCUGGCUACCCGCCAAACAGUGCGAUGCCACCCUUGCCGAACUCUGCCAAACACACCGCCGACUACCCCUAUGCGAACCACAGCGGGUGGAGCGGCGACUCCUACCAGCCGCACCAAACGUCUCAGGGGCACUUCAGCGAGCGAUCCCCUGCCGUGCAAGCGCGUGAACAGCUGAGGAUGGAGCUACAGCAGGUCAACCAGCAAAUCAGCCAACAGACACACAGCCGCGGCCUGGAGAAGCCAAGCUCAGUGAUGUCCCAGCCGCCUCGAGCGGACUGGUCCUCUGGGAGUUUGUCUAGUGAACAGCUGAGUCACGAGCUGCACCAGGUGGAGAGAGAGAUCGACAUGAGGACACAGGAGAUGGCCAUGGUGAACCACGAUGGCAAGUACAAGCGGGUCUCAGUCGAAAACGGACAAGACGAACAUGCUUUGCAACGAGAGGAGCAUUCACUUACUCUUAGUGAGGGUUUAAACGGCUCCAUCGGUUUGGUCCAGGACUGCGGCCUCGUAAGCAGCAGCAUGUCCUCACUGACCAGCAAGACGUCAUCUCUCAGUUUGUCCUCUGAACAGGUGGCCAGCAGCCCUGAUCUGCCCAAGAACGGAGUUGCCCACUCCUAGCUGGCUCUUUCUACCUCAGAUUCUCCUUCCGCAAACCACCGGAGCGCUCUGUAACCAGUAGGCGCUCCAGUCCCAAGUUAAAGCCUCUGGAGCAGGAUUCUCCAGCAUCGCUGUCUAACACAUGACACGCAUUCACGUUAGCUUCCUCCACUGACCCUCCAACACCCGUCAGGCAAAUAUGGGUGGAGUUCGGUGGGAUUCACUGUGCAUGUGCCUCAACAGACUUGCACAAUCACGCCCUGAUUUAGUUUUUUUUUUAACAGCAGUAUCUGCUGUUGAGUAUUUUCUUUUUCCUGAGACAAGCCUUUUUCCAUUGCCUCGUAAAUCAGGGUGAAUCCAAAAUAUCCUCAGUCUUAAGUAUUUGUCAGGCAACAUAUAACAUGAUCUCGCUUAUGUUGCUUAAUGAUCAUUAAUCCACUAUCUUGGGUUUCAAAAUCGCGUUUUUAUCAUAAUGUGCUACGUUUUCGGUAGUUACGCUCUUGUUUGUGCUUGGUGUGGUGUUUACACUUCUGUCCUCUUCUGAGUUUACAGUUUUCAGACUCAUAACUUGCUAUAAGCGCAGGCUUGCUGCAUAUUCACCCAACAGAAAACAUUGUUUUAUCUUUGAGUGUCAAAACUAUGUAUCAUGUUUUAUACAUUAGGCUUCAUUUACAGUGUGAUUGUUAUGAUGCACGUUAUUGUGUGUUAUAGAAAUGCUCGUAACCGAAAUGUUAACUGAAUUGACCUCAAUUGCACUCAUGCCAACAAACCUAAAAGCCCCAAAAGUCUUAAAAUGGCCCUUUUAUUGUUUUCAGUGUAUUACACUACACUGCCUGUGGGAUUUCGAUUGAACCGCCUAUCAUCAUCAUCAUCUUCUGCUGUAAUGUCCUCAGGGAUGCAUUAUUCAGCCUCAUUUUUUGUGGAUAGAAAUAACAAUCCAGGUCAGUCUAGUUUUUUUCAUAGUGGGUAAAGAUACAUUUUCCAUCCUGAGGAUGGAAAGAAAGCCGUUACAGUAAUGCAUAAAAAUGCGUUCUGUUGUAAGAAUGCGCAUGUACUUCUCUUCACUCUGUCAGUGAAAUUACGAUCUUCAGAACGAGGCACAUUUUUCGUAUAUGCAGUGUUUUUCACUUCGAAAGAUGUGGCGUAUAUUCAGAGCAAAAAGAAAGACUUUGAUCCAGCUGUAGCCGCCUCAAGACUCCCCUUCAUUCUCUGUUUUGUCUUUGAAGUUUGAUAAACCAUUGUUUUGAUGGGCCGGUUCGAUCGAAUUCCCCUACAGGCUGUGCUCAACCGUGUACAUCACAAUCCUCCUCAACGUCAUUCAAAUAGUGAUGGGGAUAAACGGAUCGUUUUCGCCAUGUGAUCUGUCUGACUGUUUGAACUAGAAAGAGUUGGACUAAGAUAGCCAAUCUACUAACAAGAAUAUUUCCCUAUUUCACAUUAUUUGGAAACAACCAAAAAUGUAUUUUUGUAAACCACGACGAAAAGGAAAGGCGUUUGGCGAGUAAAAACAUCAAGAGUGACCACCUAUGGCUUUUAUAUUGUUGUUGGGUAUAAAAGUCAAUUUUUUUUUUUUACAUUUGCUGUGCGAAAAAUCUGAAACGCAUUAUCAAACAAGUUUUGAACGAACAAUCUUCACGUAAUUGCUGACGAGCACAAAAAAAACGUGACUGUUAAAGGACACAACACGUCGUCUGUAAAACACUUGCACUGUAAAUCUCGAACUUGCAUUCUUCCAUGUAUAUCACUUCCUCGGUGGUGAGAUCUCAUCACUUAUGAAUUAGUCUUUUAAGUUGGAAAUGAGUUUAUUUUAUUUUUUCCUGCUAGCAUAUAAUAGUCUCUUGAGACAUCCUACCGCAACCUUAAAAGCACCUAUUUUGGUGGAACUUCUCUUAAGUUGGAGUUGAUUUCUAUUGUUUUUAUUUACAUUAUUACGGUAUUACUGUGGCUUUGAUCUAAGCUUUUGACAUUUUAAGCAAUCGUCAAGAUUGGAUAUUUCUGCGUUUAGGUAACAGAACUGUGAUGCACAGUGUAGACUUUAAGGAUAGCAUGAAUUUACCCUCAAAUUAGUUUGAAAGAAACAGAAUUUUGUUGGUUUGAAGCCAAAUGGAUUGCGAUUUGCGAACAUUGUUGGUGUUUAGUUAAAGGUGAAGGCGAAUGAAUUUUUUAGGAUCUGGAAUAGGUUCACUUGGGUAACGUCACCUUUAUUGUUUUGUUUUAAAGGAACACCUGUCUUUAUCUCAGGGUCGGUUUUUAGUGUAUCUGGGUGUAAACGUCUUUGUCGCAUUCAGGACUGCAAUUUGUCUGUUUCGAGACUUGAAGACUUCAGGACUGUGCCUUUAUGCAGAUCUGCAGUUAUUCACAUAUUGGGUGUGUAGAUGUAGCUGAACCAUCUUUAUUUAUAAUAUUCAAAUCUUCUCAGUCUAAGUCAGCAUUUAUAUUAAAUGAUCUCUUCGAAUCUGCAGGCUUUUAGACCGCCAAACUGAGUACUGCCUAUCCUUUCUGAGAUAAAGGAAUUUAUUGCCAGGUCAUUUGUUGUUGUAGCCAUUUUGUGUAUCUUUCGUGCAAGUGAACUUGAGUAUUUAAGCAUGCUUCAUGGUGUGAUGGUGGUCUUUUGAUGUUAGGGUUUUUUUUAAGAGUCUGGAUUGGAACAGGAAAACAAGGACAGUCUGUGAAUUUUGGCAUAGUGUGAUAUGGAUAUUCAGAGAGGGAGUAUCAAGGCUCAUAUUGGAGGUCUGAUAAUACAGGUAAACAACUCAAGGUUUACUGUUCUCAUAUAAGCCAUUGAUACAAUCCUCGACAGUUCCUUUGUACCAAACUGAGACUGAUUCCAAUGUGUUUUUUUUUUAACCAAACAAGGAUUGUAUAAAGACUCUUGCAGAAGGACUGCUUGUGGUUUUGAAAUUAUGAAUUUGAAGUCAGCCAUUUGAAAACCAACUUUUUUAAACUAUUGUUGCAAAGCAACAUUUACAUGAUCACCCGAUGAGCCAAUGGGAAUCACUAUAGAUUUGAAAAGGGAACCAAAAUGUUUAACUUGAUGAAUCUCAUGAAGUUUGGGGGGAGAAAAGUCAUAUUUCAUCCUAAAUGUAAAGUAGCCCUAUGUGUAUAUUCAUUACAUUAAACGAAUACUAUUUUUGCGACCUUUUAUUUUUUGCUUUGUGGAGAUUAUUUUCAUUAAGCAUAAGUAAUGCGUUGUAUUGUAGAAAUGUACUUGAUGCAUCAUUAUAGUAUUAUAGUUUAACUUGUAUUUUGAAAAAUUUUAUUUUGUUACUGUAUUGCGAUAAUGAGAUUAUUUUCCUGCAUUGCGGUAAUGACAUUUUUUGGUAAAUUGGCUUAGUUGUCUAAAAAAUAAAUGGUCCUAAAGAUGUGCUUCAUUUUUUUAAUGCAAUAUUUUUUAAGUUAUUUUGGGGUGAAAUAUGACUAAUUUGUGAGAUUGAUCUGCCUAUUGCUGACUUAAAGAAAAAAAAAUGUUGUAUUUAUCAUCAGUGUCUAAUAAAAAGCCUCAGUGUUUCUUCACUGGAACUCUUUUUCUUAUUGUGAUUGUUGACCGUGUUCAGGGUUCAAUACGAAUGUAGUACUAAUUAGUGUCGAAAGUUGUGAAAAUGAGAAGGUAGGAAUGGGUGAAAUCGGAUUUGACACUUAGUGCCUGAAACACCAGAGAUUGUAGUCUGUUUUCCCACACAGAAAAAUGAUUAAUGGUACAUAUUGUUCCCUGGUCGCAAGGGGAAAGUAUGCGUCGUGCACAUACACACGUAGUAGAUUUAUGAAAAGUCAUAAUAUUACUUGAAAACAUAAGGGUUGUGCACAAAUACAGGCUUUAGUGUUUUAGCUUAUAGCUGUAGAAGGUAGUUUUAAAAUGAUUGGCUGUGUGUUUGUGUUCAGGUGUGUCCAAAGAGAGUGCUGUCCACCUAAUUUCUGUAUGUUUGUUCCCACUGAAACUCAUUGCUUGCACUCAUGUAUUGACUAUUUUUUGUGAGAUUGGGUGUUGCAUUGUGGUCUUUAUACCAUGAUUCCUAACAUUGGGAUAUAUAAUUGUUUUUGAUGAUUUCUCCCAUGUUAUCUCAUGAUAGUCUGCUUAAAUUAAGGUACACUUUAACGUCAACCCGAAUAAGAAAAUAAAUGUUUGUAUAUUAUACUCCAGUAAGGAAUGUUUAGAAUAUUUCUCUAAUGUGGAUGUAGUUGUAAAUCCUUUUUUUUUUCUCUUUGUACAAGAAUUCACUGUGUGAAAUUUUGCAUUGCAUUUUUGUAUAAUACAAUUGCUUUUCUUUGAGAGGGCAGGGGGUAUUACUAACUGGAUUUUUGAA